UCGAACAAGCUGCCGCGCUCGCAAUUGACCCGGAUCGCCCGUCGCAUCGUCACACUUUUGCACCACCGAACAGUCUCUCUGCACUCAUGCUGCACGCCACACGACCGCAACACCACCCACGAAGCCCAAUUGGCGAAGCCUGAGCCGCCAACAUGUCGUGGAAGAAGACCGAGAGGCUGAUGGACACCAUCCGCCACUAUGCAAGCUUUCCUGCCACCGGCGUGAGCUUGCGCCAGAUGGUCCAGUUUGGCGAGAAGCCAUCAACUGGGACUCUCUUCCGCGCCUCCCAGUUCCUCGCCGAGGAGCUCCCCAUCCGACUGGCCCACCGCGUCCAAGAGCUCGAAAACCUGCCCGACGGGCUCAGUGAGAUGCCAUCGGUGAAGAAGGUGGCCGACUGGUAUGCGCAGUCGUUUGAGGAGAUCACGGCCCUCCCCAGGCCGGAGCUACCCAAGGAUGUACGAGAGAGAUUGAUGAGGCCGUCGAAGACAUCGGGCAAAGGCACAUCAUGGCUGAGCGAGGCGACACCGAAUCCAAGCAUCGAGGAGGGCCAGUACAACUCGUGGAAUGGCACGAACAACGGGUGGGCCAAGGGAAAAUUCCCUGCGACCAGGAGAUACUUCGCAGUGGUGGACGACACGGGCGACUGGCCGCCCGAGCUACAACUGUACAACCAGAAAUUCGCCCAGACGCUGCACCGCAUUAAGCGAAGACACGACAGCGUCGUCACCACCAUGGCGCAAGGCAUCCUCGAGUACAAACGCAGACGGCAACGGAUGCAGAUCGACAACAACAUACAGUCAUUUCUGGACCGCUUCUACAUGUCUCGCAUUGGCAUACGCAUGCUCAUCGGCCAGCACAUUGCCCUGACGGACCAGAGCCAGUACCGCGACCCGUCGUACGUCGGCAUCAUCUGCACCAAGACGUACGUCAGGGACUUGGCCCAGGAGGCCAUCGAGAACGCCCGCUUCGUGUGCGAGGAUCACUACGGCUUGUUCGAGGCGCCCAAGAUCCAGCUCGUGUGCGACCCGAACCUGAACUUCAUGUACGUGCCGGGCCACCUGUCGCACAUGCUCUUCGAGACCCUCAAGAACUCGCUGCGCGCCGUCGUGGAGACACACGGCCAGGACAAGCAGGAGUUCCCCGUCACGAAGGUGAUUGUGGCCGAGGGCAAGGAGGACAUCACCAUCAAGAUCUCGGACGAAGGGGGCGGCAUCCCGCGGAGCGCCAUCCCGCUCGUGUGGACAUACAUGUACACCACCGUCGACCGGACACCGAACCUGGAUCCGGACUUUGACAAGAGCGACUUCAAGGCGCCCAUGGCCGGCUUCGGCUACGGCUUGCCCAUCUCGCGCCUGUACGCGAGGUACUUUGGCGGCGAUCUCAAGCUGAUUAGCAUGGAGGGCUACGGGACAGAUGUUUACCUGCACCUGAACCGCCUGUCGAGCUCGUCCGAGCCUCUACAAUAGCAAUCAGCAGUCAUGAGGGGCACAGGUUCGUCCUCGUCGCCCCGAGGAUUGACGCUGCCGAUGCGAUAUCUGAUGCGCAAGCGCCUCAAGUACCCAGCCCCGCUGGAGGUCACAGAGCGCCGGCAGGUCGGCGACGCCGAGGCCACCGUCAACCCGGUGCCGUCGCCGCCCGCGCACGACCGCCGGUCGUCGCAUUAUCCCCCCC